GAAUCGUCUAACAUGUUUCAACAAUCCCUACUGUUUCUCUGUUUGUUUUAAAGAUAUCACUGUGAUUUUGUUUCAUUUGCAACUGGAGACUAAAUGACACCAAGCAGAAUCUGCUGUUAGGUUAGAUUACAAGGGUACCUUCUGAGACACACGGAAUCAUGCAGGCUGUAUCAUUAGUCUGUUACUUCCUGCUUGUGUGUCUGUGCAUUGAUUCUUCUCAAAACGAAACCAGUGCACUUCUCAGGAGGCCGAGGAGGAGAAUGCGCCCCAGAGGACUGCGAUGGAGCUCCUCAGCAGGGCACAGGUCCCCACGGCAGCCGAGGAUGAAGCUUGCAGCUCCUGUUGCGGUAGCACCCGGCAUACCUCUUAUUAACAUUGACGACAGUGUGAUGGGAGUUUUUGACUCUCUGGUAGGUCUGGGCGGACACGAAUCCAGUUACAACGUCUUACCAGGAAAGAAGGGGCACUGCAUAGCUAAUGAGAUGAUUAUGUAUGAUAAGGCCGUCUGGUCUCCCAAGCCCUGCGUUACCUGUCUUUGUUCAAAAGGAGAAGUAAUCUGUGAUACAACCAUGUGCCACCCUCUGAAAUGUCCCAAAACUAUUAUACCUGCAGGAGAAUGCUGCCCAGUUUGUUCUGAUUCUGCCUCCUCUUUGGAUUCAAGUAUUAUUUCACUGGAUGACAUAAGUGAGUUUUCUGGUAAUUCUCCAGAACCCAAUGACCUUGAAAACACCAAUGUACUGUCAUCAGCACAUACUCAAACUGAAAAAGAUGAACUGCUUAGAACAGAAGUGGUGGAGUUUAAAGAGAAAGAGGUUCAUAAAAAGGAUGAAAAGAAAAAAAAGAGGAAAGGCAAAAAAAAUCGACAGAAGCAUAAAGCCUAUCACAGAGAAAAGAAGCCUAUCACAAGAAAGGGAGCUGCAGAAGAAGAAACACAAUAUGGAAGUGAUGAAGAUGACAGUACCUUCAGAAUGCCAUCUCAUUUCCCAAUUCCUGUUCCACCCAUAGAAGCUCCUCCUUUGCCACCUGGAUGUUCCACCUCGGACACCACAGUAAGCUGUGUUAAUGCCAAACUUACACAAAUACCACCGAUCUCAGAUCCAGACCUAACAAGUCUAGACCUUACAGGAAAUAGUAUCACUACUAUCUCAGAUGAAGCAUUCAAUGGGAUACCUAAUUUGGAAUGGAUUGAUUUGAGUAAAAAUAAUAUUACCUCUCCCGGAAUAGGUCCACAAGCAUUCAAAAUCCUGAAAAACCUAAAACGUUUGUAUUUGGAUGGAAAUAUGCUGGUACAUAUUCCCUCUGAAUUGCCAUCAACUUUGGAAGAAAUAAAAAUAAAUGACAACCACCUUCAUGCCAUUGACGAAGACGGCUUACAAGAUUUAAAGAACUUGGUCACCCUGGAAUUAGAAGGAAAUAAACUUAGUGAAGCAAAUGUCAGUCCUUUGGCCUUCUAUCCUUUGAAAAGUCUCUCUUAUUUGCGACUGGGAAGAAAUAAAUUUAGAAUUAUCCCACAAGGUCUUCCUGCCACUCUUGAGGAGUUAUACCUUGAAAAUAAUCAAAUUGAAGAAGUGUCAGAAAUUUGCUUUAACCAUACAAGAAACAUAAAUGUCAUUGUGCUAAAACAUAACAAAUUAGAAGAGCACAGAAUAGCACCUUUGGCUUGGAUAAAUCAAGAGAACUUGGAAUCCAUCGAUCUCUCUUAUAAUAAGUUAUAUCAUGUUCCCUCCUAUCUGCCAAAAUCUUUACUACAUCUGAUACUUAUAGGAAAUCAGAUUGAAAGAAUUCCGGGAUAUGUCUUUGGUCACAUGAAGCCAGGGCUGGAGUAUCUCUACCUGUCCUUUAACAAACUUACAGAUGAUGGAAUAGAUCCAGUAUCAUUUUUUGGAGCAUAUCACUCUCUGAGAGAGUUGUUUUUAGAUCACAACGAAUUAAAGUCUGUACCAUUCGGAAUUGAUGAAAUGAGAAAACUACGUUUUCUAAGACUGAACAAUAAUAAAAUAAGGACGGUCCCUCCAGAGCGCAUCUGUAGGACUCACAUCAGUGAUGACGAUGUUCGUGACAACAGCGAAGAAGAUGACAAUGAAGAGUCACGUUUGGAACAUGUUCAUCUUGAAAACAACUAUAUCAACACAAGACAGCUAUCACCACAUGCAUUUUCAUGCAUAAGAUCCUACUGCAGUGUUGUUCUUAAACCACAGAAGACCAAAUAA